GUGGCUUCCUUUCAGCUAGCACAACACGGCUAUAGGUUUUCCUGGCAGGACGUGUCACUCAGUAACUUGUCUUGGAUAAUUACUUUAUUACUUUAUUUAGGGCUUAAAUCUAUCUUUUCAUUUUAUAGUUUAACUUAACUGCUAGAGUAAGGAGUGUAGCUUGAAAAAGACUGGUAGGAAAGUUUAUUUUUAACCACCUGUAAGGACAGGAAAUGCCUACUGUUGGUAGGUAUAUGAGUUUCCGUUCAUCAAAGCGAUUGAAAAUUAGCAGCAGCUACCCGGUGGAGAAUGGCGGGUUGCCAGCCAAAGCCAAGAAAAGCAGGAACAGCCAGAGCAACGGUAGUGUCAAGAAGACUGAGAUGAGGAAAGCCUUGAGUUUAGAGGCUGCUCAGCUCGAGCUCCAGCAGCAGCACAGAACCUUCACCAGACAAGCCGCUGUCAGGUCGGAGACAUUUGAUCUUGACAGCAAAGGCUUUGACAGAACCGAGGGAAACGGCACACAAAGUAGUUUCACAAAGCACAAUAAGACAUUCCACAAGUUGUUUCCAGACAUUCCCGAGAAUGAAGACUUGAUACAUGCAUACAUCUGUGCCCUGCAGAGGGAAGUGCCCUACCACGGUCGUCUUUACAUCACCGAUACCAACGCCUGUUUCUAUUCCUCGGUUCUGCUAAAGGACACCAAGGUUGUCAUUCCAGUUUCCUCCAUCUACAUAGUGAAGAAACAGAAUACAGCUUUGCUGGUUCCGAACGCCUUGUCCAUUCGCACCACAGAAGGAGAGAAGUACCUCUUUGUGUCACUGAGGAACAGAGAAUCCUGUUACCAGCUGCUUCGCACCAUCUGUCCUCAGAUAGAGGACGGCAGCACAAACAGUAGUCCUCUGUUUUCCUCAGGCGAAAUCAGCUAUGAUAAAGGCAAACUUGUGAACUCCAGCCAGUCCAGCUUGGACGACAGUGUGGAUGGUUUCAAAACUCCGUCUUUACAGAAUCAGCCUCUGCAGAGAGCUCACAGAGAAGCAGUGCCUAAUGGAAACAGCUCAGGUUUCAGCAGUUUGCAGCAGAGCGAUAGCUCUUCCUCAGAAGAGCUCUCAGAGUCGGGUGGAUCGUGGAUGAGGAGUGUGACUGGAAAAGCAAAGUCUCUGCUGGUUCAGAGAGAGUUCAGCAGCGUCAACACUCUUCUCUUUAUUUACUUGAUUUUGGUGAUACUGCUGUUGCUGUCUUCAGGUUACAUUGGUCUCCGUAUCGUGGCCCUAGAGGAACAGCUUUCAUCCCUCGGUGCACUGCCAGAGUUCACCUUACAAAGCAGGUAUCACAAAGACACAUAACCCUCAGCGAUGGAAGGAGAGAAAUGCAGACUUCUGAUUGGAAGAGAAUUUCAGCCUCUUCUCAGCUGAACCUGAAGGGCAAACAUUAAUAUACUCAGACUCUGCUUCAAACAUGGCCUGCGCUGUUACGUUGAGGAAGAGUAGCAACCCUGUGCAAUGUCAGAGUCGUUAACCUGAAGAACUCUUCUUCCUCCGAGUGCAGUAAAAAAACAGACAGGUUGCAUCUUUGUCACACAGAGCCAAGCCAAAUAAAUACUCACGCUGCCUGGUUGCAGUGUGCCAUUUAUGAAAACCAAAGCCAGAAUGGCUCCAGCUCAGCAAAGUGCCACACUAGCAAAGUUAACUGGCACUUUGCUUCCAGAAACUUUUCAACAUCUGUGAAUUGAUGUCGCCCAUUGUCCUGUUCUCCUUGAGCAUGCAGACUGAAUAGGGCUAUACUGAUCAGCAUUGGCCUGCUGUAGUGCUUAUUACUGCACCUCAACACUAGAGGCGUAGUGCUAUGCAUAGCCAAAGAUGCACAAAGUGCACAUCUUUUGCAUGAGUGCACAGAGUUAACUUUUCUAUAUCUUUCUUAAUUUUCAUCUCUAAGCUGUACAUUCAGUCCUGUCUCCAUCUCUACAUUCAGCAAGUUAUGGGUACUUUUAAAUUGUUCUUUCUUAUUGGCUGUAGGUUGAAAUGAUGAUUUUUAAGUCUCUAAUGCAGAUCAGCCGACAGAGGCUUAAUUAUUUCCUGACAGUCCUACCCUUUCUCUCUUAUUCAAAUCAUUAGUGAUUGCAGUUUUCCACGUCUUUGGCAUGAUUUAAACAUGUUUAAUGAUCAAUACUCAGAGGUUAUUUUCCUUCCAGUCUCCACUGGAUGAAUGCAUCUUCAAUGCACAAAUACUCAGCACAGCAGGACAUGAGAAAGUUGU